CAGACCAUACAACUGUAUCAUGGAUGAAUUUCACCAAAAGCUUAAUGAACGCUUUGACAGCAAGCCCAAAAAAGUACGGUUUAAAAUCUCUUCGUCUUACAGUGGCCGUGUGCUAAAACAGGUUUAUGAAGAUGGCCAAGCGGUAGAAAGUCCACAGCAGGACUAUCCGCACAGCUUUCUGCAUGGAAAAUUUCAGAGGCGAAUUGACAGCGACCAAUUUUUUAGCUUCGGGGAGAUGCCCGAUCAGGAAGUGUACACUCCCACUAGACUGACGGCCCAGAGGAUCAAUGUGUUUAAAGAUGGGAAUUCCUACAGCUUCAGCAAUGGAGGUCACCCGCUGUUCAGCGACUUCACACCAGGAGAUUCAAAGCAAUCCUCAGUUUUGGAUUUUGGUAAGAUAAUCAUCUACACUAGCAACCUGAGAAUCAUUCGAACUUCCCAGGGGAAAAAGGAAUUAGCAAAACAAAUGAUUGAGGAGAGAAAUGCAUUUGGAGAUGACUUCAGAAGUCCCAUAGCACCUGAUGAGCUGCAGCCAUCCAUUCUAAGUGAAGAUAUCAAUGAGCUCUAUCCGAAAGCCACCUACUUUCAGGACUUGGGUGAAGAUUCCCGUUGCCCCCAGUGUGAAGGACGGGGCUGUUCUCCAUGUGCCGUGUGCCAUGGAAGCAAGUUGUCGAUGCUUGCCAACCGCUUCAAUGAGUCCAUUAAAUCCCUGCGAUGCCCAGCUUGCAAUGUAAAUGGCCUGCAGGCUUGUCGGUCAUGCACAGCAUGAGGUGCACCAUGGCUGCAGUGUUGUCACAUAUUAGCUCCUUCACCAAUAAUUAACUGGGCUGAGAAACUGAAUCCACCCUUCUAUUUUGUCAUAUUCAGAGAGCAAAAUUAAAUUUUAGUGAAUAAAGUGA